AUGUUUUUAGCUAUAGUACUAGUUGUGUGUGCUUGUACAAAUGUGCUGUCUGAAGAAUACACAAAUCAGUAUAAUGACGAAUUAGAUGCGGCACUAAAAAGUGAAAGACUUAUGAAAAGUUAUUUCGAGUGUCUUUUGGGAACGGGAAAAUGUACCCCUUCGGGUGAAGAACUUAAGAAAGACAUUCCAGAUGCGUUGAAAAAUGAGUGUGCCAAAUGUAACGACAAACACAAGGAAGGUAUACGGAAAGUCAUUCAUUAUUUAGUAAAACAAAAACCAGAGUGGUGGGAACAACUACAGAAAAAAUUUGAUCCACAGGGGAUUUAUAAGAAGCGGUAUCAAAACUAUUUGGAUAAAGAAGGGCUAAAAGCUUAA